AUGUUUCAUUUAUCCUACACUCUUCGUGUUCCAGGCUUCGAUUUAAGAAAUAGUAAUAUAAAUAAUGCUAUCCUUGAUGGGAUGAAACCUGAAAGAAUUCCGGACGUGAUACUUGUUAAGAAAGUCUUUGACAAAACUUUGAGACGGAAAAGACGUGCUUGGAAACUGAAGAGGAUGGUUGUUGGCGGAAAAGAAAUUUCGGAUUCCGCGUCUGUUGAAAACACUUAUGAGGUACUUUUUAUUAUUUACGAUUGGCUCUUGGCUGAUAGAUGCAAAGGUCACGAAUCAGAGUUCUUGAAUAAGGAAUUUAUGGAGGAUUUGGAAGAAGACGAACAAAUGAGGGAGAAAAUUAAUAUAUAUCGAGAUAAGGUAAAAGAAUAUGUUGCAGUCAAUGUUGAAGAGGAGGACAUACCAGCAGGUCCAUCUUUAGAAGAAAUGUUGGAAGAUUUAGAUUUGAACAAUGACGUUGAAAUGACAGAGCAAUGA